UCCAUCUACUCCUAUGAAUGUUCCUCUCUUCAGUUUCUGUUGAUGUCUUCCUCUCAUCUUCUCGCCCAACUUUCAUUUCUUUGCUAACAUUUCUCUUUUUCCUUGCACUUCCUGCUAUUUUCCAGGCAAAACGAAAUUUUGAAAUAUGUCUAACAGCGCCUCCUUUGAUGUAAAUGAGUGGAAUCCUUUAAAAGAAGCUUAUGAUAAUACAGAGUUCAAUAGUUAUGACUGCGGACCAGGCAAAUAUCUUACUAUGGGUGAAAGAAAACCUGAAUUUGUUGAUCUUUUUGUAAGGAAUCUGCCACGAAAGUUUACAGAGGAUGGCUUACGAGCACUAUUUUCUAAGGCUGGCUAUGUACAAAGGGUAAAAAUAUGUCCUGGUAAAAAUGGCAAGCCCCUUUAUGGUUUUGUAACAUAUGCUCAGCUCAAUGAGGCAGAAGUUGCAAUAUCAAAAUUUAACAAUUUGAAAAUAGCUGGUGAUGAGCCAUUAAAUGUUAAGCUUUCUUUCAAAGAUGAGAAGAGGGUCAGAGAUCAUCAACAGAAAUUGCAAGAAUCUGCAUUCUUCAAUAACAUUCACUCUAGGAUUGAAUCUUCCAAUGAAAGUGAUUCUGAGGACAACUACUCAGAUUCAGAAACAAGGCCUUGUUAUUCCAGGAGUGAAAAACCCAGUGAUAAAUAUGCACAGCAUUCAAUACCCUCAGCAUAUUCUCCUCAUGAAAAGCAGUGUUUUUCAAGAAAUAACUCUUCAAAAAACCCACAAAAGACUCACUUUCAGCAACGGGAAAAGAAUGUCAAAAACUAUGGAAAUUUAGAAGUUUCUAAUGAUACGUGGAAAUAUAGGGAUUCAGAUGAAGAAUCUACAAAACCCAAAUCUUCACCAAAGAAAAAAUUUUCCAAAUCUCCUGCCAAGUCUUUGAAUAAUUCUCAAGAUCGUUCUGGAAUAUUGCAGUUGAAGAACAAGUGUGUAAAUUGUGGGAGUCAAGCUACCAAAAGAUGUUCCAACUGCAAAGUACCAUAUUGUAGUGUUCGCUGUCAAACGAAGGACUGGAUGAAUGGUCAUGAAAAGGCAUGUUAUAGUUUUAGUAAGAUGACUCUGCAGGAACUUGCUGACCGAUUCGAUGUUGAUUUAGAUUUGAAUACAUCUGGGAACCAGUCCAAGUCUAAAGACAAUCAAUCCCGCCAGAACAACCAUCAAACAAGGCAUAAUUCUUCAUUGUCAAAUCAAAAUCUUUGUGAUUUUCCCCCCAAAUCUGAUGCUGUAAAGCAAAAACCUGGCAAAUCCUCAAGAAAGUCAUUUUCAAAAAGGGAAUCAGAUGUAGAAAAUGCCUUUUCUGAUCUUGAAAUUCCUGAUAAAUGGCUAGGGAGUGUCCUGUCUCGUACUAAGUCUGCUCAUGGUAAUAGCAAACAUGAACACACAGUGGCUGGGAAUGAUGAUUUUGAAGAAUCCUACAUUGGUUCCACGGUUUCUAAUGGAGAAAGCAAUGAAUUAGAAACUGUUGAAUUACCAUCUCGUGGCACUUGUCAGGUAUUGGUGACUUAUAUCAAUGAGUUGAACAUAUUUGUUCAGUUAAGUACAGAAAAGAACCAAAAUAUACAAAAGGAAAUUGUCUGUAAAUUAUAUGAGUCAUGUAAAGAUGAUGAUUCUCCAGUAUGGAACAAGAGGUCAUUGAGAAUUGGCCAGUUGUAUGCCUGUGUGUUUAGUGAAGAUGGUGUUUGGUAUCGAGCAAUGCUUGUGGAAAUCUUGAAGCCUAACAGAGUAAAAGUGAAAUACAUAGAUUUUGGUAAUUGUGAAAUAACUACAAUUGACAAGUUGAGAGUACUUCCUCCUGAACUAAAACAAGUGCCACAACAGGCAGUGUGUUGUGUGCUGAAUCUUCCUCGUGAAGCAACUUGUAAGAAUUCUACAAAACUUGCUGCUCUCAUUGGAAAGCAUAUACUCCAAGAUUCUCAAUAUCAGCUGAAAGUAGUCAAGGAUUCAACUCCUCCAGAAGUAUUUAUAUAUGAUGCUGAGGGAAAUAAAAUCAACAAAGACAUUGUCAGCAGUUUGGAUUUGAAUAGCACAGCAUUACCAAGCGGAACUACUAAAACGAGUAGUGUGAGUACUCCCCAGAUUGUGAAGUCGUCUCCUGUUAUGGCUUGUGAUGUUCCUCUUGUUUCUGGUAACCUUAAAUAUGGCAGUAAGCACAAGCUGCGAGUUAUUGAUGUGAAAUCUCCUGAGGAUUUUCUGGUCCAGUUUGCUGAUGAGCCAUCCAGAGCUUUUUGUCAGUUUACCAAAAUGUUGAGCAGCUAUGCUGAGUCAUGCCGUCCUGUUUCAGAAAUCCCCUUCAAAGGUCAGCUAGUUUUGAUAAAAUUAGAAACAGAGGAAUGGACCCGAGCUGAAGUGUUGGACAUCAAUAAUGAUUCUUUACUGGUUUCUCUGAUAGAUUUUGGCACAGAAAAGAUGAUACACUUGGAACAUUAUCGCUCUGCUAUGCCUUUCUGUUUGGAUUAUCCUUGUCUUUGUAUUCCAUCAAAACUUGAAAGUGUAAAUUUUUUUGGAAGAAAUGAUGACUCUUUUAAGAUGCAUCAUAAAUUCAAUCAAAUUUUAAAAUCCUUAACUAAAAGUGAAGAUUUUUCCAAAGAAUGUAUUUUAGGUCUAUACAUGGGAUGUGGAAAGAAAUGUCAGUGGAAUUUGUAUGAUUGUAAUGGAGAGACUUCUGUCAUGGAUUUGUUGACUUCCCCAUUGAAAGUCAUGGCCUCAGAAUUGAAAGGUUGUGAAGUCAGUAUUGGUGAGGUCUUGGAUGGUUUGGCUGUCGAAAUUCUUAAUGAUUCAUUUUAUAUAAUUGUUGUCAGCGAGAAACAGAUCAGUUUCCUUGCAGAAUUCAAUACUUACUUGGAAAAGAAAGAUGACCAUAACGGUUAUACUCCUUGUCUCAAUGAAAUGGUUGCGGCCAAGUUUUCACAGGACAACCAGUGGUAUCGUGGUCAGAUAAUCAGCAACACUGCUGAUGGCAGAUAUAAAGUUUUUUUUGUUGAUUAUGGCAACUCUGAGUAUGUUGAUAAAUUACAACUGCAGCCAUUUCCUGUGCAUUUCACUCCUUAUCCUAAACAAGCCUUACACUGCUAUCUUCCUGGUGUGUGUGGUAUUAAAGACAAUGAGAAAUUUAGUCAGCUCAUCUGCAACAAUGUGUGCAAAUAUAAGAUAGAAGGCUGCUCCAAAAAUGUCUAUGAAGUCGUCGUUUAUACCAGUGAUGGCAGCUGUGUUAAUGAUUGCUUUGAAGAAAGCUUGGAGAAGAAUGCUCCUAAUGACUAUUUUCCCAGAAGUCAGUCUUUAAAUAGCACUGCUACAUCAAAGUCAAACUCUGUAAAAUCUGCUAGCUCUCUUUCAAUAUCUCCGUUCAGAUCUCGUUCUCAGUCUCCUCAAAGCAUUGAAGGGCAACCAGUGGAUGCAUCAUCUCCUGUACAAAUGACCUAUCCUCCAUCUUGUCAUCGACAUCAUAGGGACUCUACUGAACAUAUUUUUGAGAACCAGUUUUCUUCUGAGAAAAAAUUGCCUGAUGAUAGACAAACAAAGGAAUCCAUUAUGCUAUCUCUAAGCACCAAAGCUUCACAGCGGGAAGUUUGUCAAGAAGAUACGUUGCAAGCAAACAGAGUAAAGUAUUUUGCCAAAAGCAUGGGAUGUCUACAGCUGAAGGUGAACACACAAUAUGAACUGCUCUGUAAAUGGGUUGUAGACACAGACUGCUUCUACUGUCAAAUCCUUGAUGAAGUGGCUAUGGAAGCUUUGACUGACAUGACUGAACAAUUAAAUAAAAUGUGUGAGACUUCUCAUCUGAAUUCAGUAAUUCAACCUGAGAUUGGAGAAGUUGUUUGUUGCAAAUAUUCAGAUGGAAAAUGGUACCGGGCUAAAGUUAUGGCAGUUUCCAAGGCAGAAUUUUCUGUAUUUUAUGUUGAUUUUGGUUGUAGUGGUAGAGUUACCCAAAAUGAGAUAAUGCCUCUCACAGACGAGUUGGCAGAAAUACCGAUAUUAGCAGCUCGAUGUUCUUUGGCAGGUAAAUCAAAAGAAAAGUGGACAAAAGAGAAGCUCCUUCAACUUCGGGAACAACCAAUUAAUGCUGCAGUGGUUGGUGAAACUCUUAAUUCUUACAGUAUUAUCUUGGAGGAGGACUUUGAGGACAAAAAGGCAACAAAUGCUGCAUCACCAUCAAAUGAAAGUGUUUCUGCCAAAGAACUAAUUCUCCAACAGAUUGAAGAAUUAAAGAAGAAGCUAGAAUCAAUGGAUUAACAAACAUUUUCUUCAACAACUCAAGAAAUAGUUUAACUUUUUUUUUCUAAUCUCUUCCUUUCACCUGACUGAAUUGAUUCUAAGAAAAUCACUCAGUCAGUGUUUCCUUUAUCGUCCUGCUGCUAUAUUUGUCAAUUUGUAGCUCACUACAGGCUCAGGUAGUUUUAUUUUGUACAAGCACAUCUAAUGUGUAACUAUGAAAUUUAAACUUGGUGCAAUUAUGUGAUUUAGGAUUCAUGUAAUCUCGGAAUCUUAUUGAACCCUAGCUCACAGGGGCUUCAUAAUGUUGAAAUUUCUGUUCACACAAUGAUAAUUCAGUGCAGUUGUAGCUAAUGGUGGCUGAUUAUUUAGUGCACCCUGAGCUCAAAUCUGGUAUGAAUUUUGUAGACCAUAGGUAAUAUAUAUAUAUAUCUUUAAUAUGGUCAAGAUUUAGUGCAAUCAUACUAAAACUUACAAUUAUAAAUAUGCAUGAGCAUAAAAUGCUCCUUAUUGAAUACACCAUUUAAAAAAAAAUUUACUAAAUAUACCUAAUAAUUUUUCAUUUAAGAUAACUUGGUUUUUGCCAUGAUUUUUUUUUAAGUGGCUUUAUCAAACUUUUUUCCUUUUUUUUUUUAUAAAAAAAAUAGUGGGGGAAGCAAAUGGAGAGCUGACUUGAGAUGCAUUUUCUCGUUUUCUAAGGCAUCACCAGCCUCCACCAGCAUUUUGCUGUUUUAACGUUUGUUGUUCAAAUGUGGGAUCGUUAAUAUUAACGGUGACAAUAUUGUCACUGUUAACAAACAUUUCAUCAAUUCAAAUGUUAUCUGGCAUUAAAACAGACGAAUGGCACAACCAGGUUAACUUGUCUGCCUGGGUGCAUUGCAUUAUGGAAAUAAUGCUAGAGUUUGAAUAACCGAAUGUGUCAUAGGAAAUAGACUCAAACUGUUAUAGAAUUUUCCUUUUGACAAUUGCAUUUGGGUGUAUAAAGCUACUUGAUAUCACAUAGGCCUCAACAAUAAAGACAUAAACCAGCAAUGUAGUGAUAUUAAGACCUGAUCAAGAUAAUUAAAUGGUCACAUCCAGUUUCUCUCAGAUUAUCAAUGUCAUGGAUCUUUUCCACAGCUUUUAGCUGUUUAUUCACUUUGUUAGUUUUUUCUGGAAGUGUAUUAUUACUUUGUUCGGAGUUUGUAUAACUGUUGUAGUGGCUGAGCUGUCAUCAUCUCACGGUAGUUUUUGGAUAAACAUAUUGCAUAUUCCUUUAAAACAUUUGUAGAGAUAAAAAUGCCAAAAACAGGUGAGAAGGGAAAUGCAAAACUAGUGUCUGGCUGGAAUGUUUCUCAAAAUGCGUUAAUCAACUUUUUUUUUCACUUCACUGUACUUGUUAAAUGCAUGACGUUUAACAGUGCUGCUCAUUGGUUAUGGUGAAGUGUACAGUGGUAGUUGAUGGACAAAACUAAAGAGUGUUGAAACAGUUAUGUUCGAUGCUGUUCAUUUAUCAGGCAACAGUAAACACUAAAGAUUUCUUUUAAGUCAGGUAAAGUUUAAGAUUUGAUAUAACCAAUACACAGUUUUAAAAGUUCAGUUAGAACAUUAAGGUCAGAUUGAGGAGUAAUUUAAAAGAUUUGGGGGUAAAAAUUAACUCUGUUCUCAUGAGACAGUCAAGUAGAAGUUGGUUUCCUUUUAAAAGUAGUUUUAUUUUCUUCAGCAAACCUUUUCUGGUGUAAUGAGAGAACUUGACUGAAUUAUUCUUUCUGUCUAAAAAAGCUUUUGAUGCUCUGGGGCCUAAGCAGUUUUGUGGCUGCAAUGUUAACCAAAACAGUUCAAUUUACACAGCAUAAUGUAUUUUGUAACAAUUCUUUUCCAAAGGAUUAUGUCCUGGGCAUCAGUUUCAAAUUUCAUCAUUGCAUCUGGUAAGUUUUCUGAUAAUUUCCAUCUUCUUUUCACUGUCAUUAACACAUUUUUAAUUAGGUCUUAAAGAUCAUCACAAAUAUCAGUGAUGUCACAUAAAAAAAUGUUCAUUUUGUUUCAAUAUUACAUCGAGGUUAGGACUGUAUAUUAAUUAAUGGGGUUAUCUGGUAUGAAUUGUUGAUUAGAUAUGAAUUAUUAUUAUUUAUUUUUUUUAUCUGUUCAGAGAGCAAGUUUCGAAGGUGCUUGCAAACUGGAUGGAAAGAAGCUGAAUAAAGCUAACCCCUAAUAUUAAUUUCCUGUUGAAGUUUUUUUCUAAUUCUUAGUCAAAUUUUCUAUUUCCCAAGACACUAUUUUUCACUCUAUAUGCUGUACACUAAAACUACCCUGGAUUCUGGUUUCUUUUAUCCUAUUUUUGAUAGAAGAUAUUUCUCCAUUUACUUGAGCCAUUUUGAAAGACAUGUUACUGGUUGACAAAAAGAAAAACCUUUUCUAUUUUCUUGACAAAACAAAUUUUUACAUUAGUCUUGAUCUUCAAUUCAAAUGAACCUAACAACUUUGUUCUGAGAUAAAAGUCUCAAGUCUUGUGGUCAGCAAAGUUUGCUAUUCGUUUUAGACCAAGUUAACUUUGGGUCAUUCAUUUCUUGUCUCGGUCAUCAAUAUAGUUUGUAUUGGAGAGAAAAGUAUGAAUGCCACAAAUAUUUCAUUUCUAAAUUUAUUUGGAGGAGAGAAUUGUCCAAAACUUAGUUCUUUUCAUGUAAAUAAUGCUGCCGAGAGGAAUUGGAAUAUGAUGCUAGCAGCAGCCACUACAGAGUUAGUUGUUUGCCCUGUUUCUGGAAAAGUGCAGGUGUCGUAUCCAUUGCUCAUUCAUUAAUGCUUUAUCUAUGACAUUAAAAGUUUAUGCAAAAACAUUAGAUUUUAAUCAUCAUUCUGUUUGGAUAAACUUAUUAAAUAUGUCCAGGUGAGGCUGAAUUCCUUUUCUGCUAUCUGCAGCUGAGGAAACUUGUUCUGAUAGAAGAUGAAAACACAUCAAUCAUUACAAUGUUUCAGUGAGGUUUCUCUCAAAGUAGACUGCAACCGUACAUUUAAACAAUAUCAUAAUGGAUUUUAACUUCAUUGAACUGUAGUGGUUUUUCUAGAGCACCAGCCCAUCACUGCAGGUGGUGUGUGUAUGUAUUGCUGAAAUCACUUUCCUUACCCAUGUCCAUUUGAAAAAAUUGGAUUUUGUGUCACAGAAAAUGUUUAUGAAAUUCUGAGUUACCAGUUUGCUUGUCUGCUGCUUUUUUUUAUUAUUUAUUUUAUUAAUUGGAAUGUAGUUACAUUUUACAAUUAUCUCUAUUUUUUGCAAAAUUGUUUUUUGUCAACAAGAACAAACUGUUCAUGAUUUCUUAUUCUACUUAAUGCAAAUUGUAUUUCCACUAAUAAUAACAACAACAUAACAUCAGUAAUGUUAAAAACAAACCUAUCUUUUAUAAUUUCCUGAUUCCAGACAUUAUGGGGAAAGCAUUUGAGAUUUUCAUCAACUUUAGAGGUUUUUAUUGGUGCAAUGUCAGUUUUUCCUUGUCCACAAAAACCUUUUAUUUUCUGAGGGGUUUCAUUGGUGCACUGUUGGGACCUUCUGAGGAAUUUAUUGUUAAAACACCUAAAAAUCUUCUGGCAGCAGUAAAUUAGUGCAACCACAAGGCUCUCAGUUGAUGCUUUGGUUUGGCCAGUUGAUAAAGAAAAUCUUAGCUUUUCAAAGCUUUUUGAGCUGGUUCCAAAAGAUGCAAAGUGUGUUUAUAAAAUUUUUUUCCUACAUGUUAUCUGGAUUACUCUACAUGCAUUAGAAAAUGUGUGGAGUUCUUUCUUAUAGUGAAACACUCACAGAGAAGUAGCACUGAUUGGUCAAGUUAGCUGACCUUGCUAUGAAUAUUUCCUCUGGCUCCUCUUUGGAGAAGAUUUUUCUUUCAUUUUCACAAAGCUGAAAAAUGGGGAGAAUUCUAAGUUGCUUUCUUUUUAGUUUUGGAAGAUCAUUUAUCUGUGUGUGUUGGGGGGAGAGAAUAUUUUAAACAGGACUUUUUAGAAAGGAAAAUCAUUUAAUUCUUUUAGUCCUAGUUGCUGCACAGUGACGCACAGUCAUUGUAUAUCUUGACACAAAUUUGAAUGUGGGAAAUUGCUUGCAAAAAUUAGAUUUUUGCAAGCUUUAUACCAAGUCCAGUUCAGCUGGAAGGUUCUAUUUAGACCUUCCCUUAAUGUUUGUUGAUUUCAGAACACUUAAAUAAUUCUGUUUUUGUUUCAUUGAGAAUUGGAUGAACUUAGUCCUGGCAUGUUUUAUAAGACUAGUUAAAUGUUGAACUUAUGGAAGUGAUCUGGCACUUUAUUAUGAGAAAUGUUUCUGUUUUGAAAAAUACUGAAAAUAAAUGUUUCAAAAUUGUAAGAUCAUUUAAUAUCAAAGAAAGUUGUAACACCUCCCUGGAGAACCACAAAAAAACCAUGUGCUGACAAAGUCUCUCCCAUUUUACCCUGUAGAGGCCUCGUCUAAUGAAGUCCAUACAUCUUAUAGACUUUUUCAUUUCUUGGGCAAAAAUGAAGGCCACCACACAGGUAUUUUUUGAUUGAAUUGAGGCCAGGAGAACAUAACUUUAAUGUUGAGGCUCUCAAACCAUUGCUUCGCUUUGUAUGCGAUAGAAUCGGAGCAUUGUUGCCCCCAACAAUUCUUUCACCAUGUGGAAGCAAGGUAUCAGGAAAAGACUGAUACUUGGCAGCAUUAAGCUGUGUGUAAAUGCGUUUCCAAGUGGUCUAGAAGCUGGACAAACCAUUUCCCAUCACUUUGUGCAAAUCAUGCCAAUAGGACAAACCAAAUUUUUCUCAUCUGACCAGUCACAGACUUCCAUCUGUGUUCUGAACAAUUCAAUCUUUGCUUUUGGAUUUUUUUUUUUUUUUUUUGGUCUUGAAAAUCCUAGGUUUGGUGAGUUCUUCAGUUCCUUCUACACAGCCCAUCAUGACAAAGUUUUAAGAAAUGUUGGAUCUUCACACCAUUCUGUCACAGAAUUGUCGGCUGCUCUUCUAAUGACUAACUCCUUUCUUGUAGAUCUUUUGACUGCACAAAGAAAAAAAUGUUGCUAACUGCUCUCAUUAAAUGCUUGAGUUGAGUUGCUGUUUCUUGCUGACUCAAGUUGUGGUGGCUGUUUAUCUUGUGACAUGGUUGAAAUAAAAUACAACUUUCUUUGUUUACUACAAAUAACUAUUAAAGUGUUAAAAAAAAACCUUUAUCUAUUUUAGCAAAAUUAACUCAAUUGUGCAGUGUUUUAGGCUGUGGUUCUGUAACAUUUAUUUGCAGUGUUUUCAAAACAAAACGGGAAUUAAUUUCAAGAAAGUUUAUAUUUAUUAAGUAUUAAUUCCAAAUAACUCAUAAAAAGCAGCAUGUUCAAAAUUGAGUUGGUCUUAUAAAUAUGCACCAUGCUGUGUACAUCAAGGUUGUUUUAUUUCUUAUUACUGCCUUACAAAGAUCUUAAUGAAGUUUUUUUUUACUGUUUCUGUCAUUUCACAGAAGCUUGAGACUCUAUGCUGUGAUUUUUUUCACUGAAAUUUUUAGCUUGCCUGUGAGAAUCUUUUGCUCUUCUUUGGACAGCCUUCUGAGUUCUUGUAAUGACCCUAACACAAUCCCAUGAAGGAUCCUCAACUCAGCUGAUUGACUAGCUAAAAAUAACAGCAGAAUUUCCCCAAAAUUCACACUUAACCAUCUUAGAUAAUGUAAUCCAAGAUAGCCUUGACAAAAAACAUGGGGUGAUCACAACUGGACUACAUUUUUAAUUUACUUGUCUAAGUUCAUUCAUAAGGAAAUUUCUCUUGAGGUUUUCUAUCAGGGGAAGCCUUUCCAAUAUUAAGGGGCUGUUGAGAAAAAGCUAACAAUUUUGAUUAUUAACUGACCAAGCAUCUAAUAAGGUCAAAAUAGGAUGGAUAUACUUAGUGAUUUAAUAUUCUUAUUCAUAGGACCCAGUGACUAUUUUUUUUUGUUUUUGUUUUCUUUGAAGUGUGUGUGACUCUUUCUAUUCAGUACAAAUGGAUUAUUUGGUUGGAAUAUUUUCUUUUGCCAAAGUUUUGAAUAUUUGCUGAUGCAGCUACUUGUAACAAAUGUUGGAACUUGAAAAUAAAACCUUUCAAAUUAAA